CGUCCUUUGGACAUAAAUUCAACGCCAGUUUUGCAAAACGAAAAAAAGGGGUCAAUUUCGCAGUGCAUAAUAUAACAUCCGAGCCCCAAAUCUCCGUUCGUUGGUUCUCCAAAUUUGUCGAUCUCAGCAAUUUGUGAAGAAAAUAGGAAAAACAGUGGAAAUCUGUGAGGAAUUCGAAGAAUAUGAGCGGCGUAGUGAUGGAAUCGGAGCGCGGUGAGGAGUACAGAGGGACGAUGAUCAAUUUCGAGCAGACGGAGCUCCGGCUCGGAUUGCCCGGCGGCGGUGGAGGAAGCGACGACGGCGAAAUCCUCGCCGGAAAAAGUGGUUCUGCGAAGAGAGGAUUUCUGGAAACUGUGGAUUUGAAGCUUAAUUUGUCUUCUUCAAUGGGGACCGUGAAGGAGGAGGCCACCAAAUUGGAACACAAGACUUCUGCAAAACCUCCAUCCAAAGCCCAAGUAGUGGGUUGGCCACCGGUGAGAUCAUCAAGGAAAAAUUUGGUAGCGCAGAGGAACGGCGGCGACGAAGGCGGCGGCGCGUCGUUCGUAAAAGUCAGCAUGGACGGCGCGCCUUAUUUACGGAAGGUGGACUUGAAACUAUACAGCAGCUACAAGGAUCUCUCUCACGCGCUUGCCCAAAUGUUUAGCUCUUUCACCAUUGGAAAGUGCGACUCAGAAGGAAUAAUGAAGGAUUUCAUGAACCAAACAAAAUUGGCAGACCUUUUGAAUAGCUCUGAAUACGUACCCACUUAUGAAGACAAAGAUGGAGAUUGGAUGCUUGUAGGCGAUGUGCCAUGGGAGAUGUUUGUUGAUUCAUGCAAACGUUUGAGGAUCAUGAAAGGGUCUGAAGCCAUUGGACUUGCACCAAGAGCAGUGGAGAAGUGCAAAAACAGAAGCUGAGGUGCUGCAUGCAUUGAUAAAAAUUUGUUUGAUAUGUACCAUUUUUCAUUUUCAUUUUCUAAUUAAUAUAUAUAUUAAGGUUGAGGUUGAAAUUGUAAGAACAGAUAAAUUUAGUAUUAGCAUAAUUAAGUGGUUUGUCCAAUUUUUAUUUGAACAAGUGAUGUUCACGACCUUGUAUUGGAUAUUCCUUUUUGUUUUGCCCAUUUUGUUUACUCUUAUGAUUUCCUUGUCCUAAA